AUGAAGCUCCCCAAUGGUCUCGCAAGGGGGAUCUGUAGCAUCCUACGAUGGACCAGUUCGUCCUUUGCACGAUGUUUUCUAGCGAGACGGCCUCUCGCCCGAUUGCUCUCCACCUUCCUUUGCUCCGUUGUGAUUGCUAUCAGGCCUUUCUCUCGUCUGGGAGGCCAGUACGCGUUUCUGGUCCUUGCUCUCAAGGAGCUCGUAUUCUCUGUUCAGGAGAACCUCUCCCAGCAACUCGAGCUCACUUGCCUUAAUAUUCUUGGGGCAUUGCUUGGGAUCGGAGUAUCCACACUUGCGAAAUAUCUCGCUUCGUUGGCCGGUCCUGAUACUACAGGGGCCAGGACCAUCUGUGCGGUGUUCCUCAUUCUCAUCAGCUUCCUAGCCGGGAUCACAAAGAGCAGGCUUGUGCGAUUGCAGCUAUCGACACGCAUAUCGUGCUUCAUAUCGAUCUGGCUAUUGACAAACGAUAUUGGCGUACCCGACCGCGUGCUAGUAGAUUCGAGCUAUCUCCUUUGGAUAACGCUCUCUGCAGCGGUGAUCUGCAUGGUCUCUUUGCUCACUAUGAUGGUAGUAUUCCGUGGUUCAAGCACAAAUUUUGAGUCCGAAACAGCGUCUAUCUUUGCUCUACUCCAAGAAUGCCUUUCCUCGAGCCUUUAUCGUAUUGGGGCCCGGGAAACGAAGAUGGAAGUGACAUUCUAUCGCCAGCUCCAUGAUCAACUACUCCGCCGAUCCAUCAUGCUGAACGAGUCCUAUUCGCAAGCGGCUUUUGAAUUGCGCAUAGGCCGCCUGAGUCUCCAAUCGAUCCACCCCUUUGUGGGGAUCAUCGAGCACCUCCGUCGUGAGUUAGCUUGGGGUUUGGCGCCAGUCAAACCCCUUCGUAGCGCUCCUGGUACCCCUCGGUCUCCACCUAUACCUGGAACGCCUGAUACUCCUCGAUCUCUUCGAAGCGCCACUCCGAGUUUGCACGAAUACUUUUCUCGGGUGCAUCAUGACCUCGCUUUCGUAUCCGUAUUAGAGCCACCUGCUCUGGAACUCGCGAACGCCAUCCUCGAGGCGAUGAACACGGUUGAACGUCUGAUCGUCCUGACUUUUCAGAAAUCGUAUGCAGCGGAGGUUGCAUCCAGUUCCUCCGAGAAUCUGCAGGUGGAGGCAGGGUCACACAAAGCCGCCGUACACGCUGCUGAGCGCAAGCUCGUCGUAACGAGGGACAGCAUGCGCGAGGUUCUGAAGCAUGUAUUCGAUCAGGUCGACAUGCACCAACGCGCCGAGGGCAAGAAAGCGCACCUGCCCAAGGAGAUCUUCGAUUGCAGUCUAGCAGCGAUCGCCCUUCUCCAGAUGACACAGGAGAUGGGCAGGGCGCUGCAGGUGGCGCGACAAGUCGCUACAUCGUAUGAAGAAUCGAAGAUACGCCUGUGGUACCCGCGCGUUUCCCUGCAAUGGCUCGGCGUCCCUCCAGGACCAUUCAUCUCCGAUGACAACGGCGAGCUGGUGUACGGUCUGAGGCUGGCAAACGAUGACGUCGGCACAACCGUUGGUGCAGACGAACGCCUGACCAUUAUAGAGGCGCGGCAGGGCCUUGCUGAGCGCGCGUAUUCCUUUACGCUGCACAAGGGUCGGCCCCUUCCUGCCGGGGGCCUAGCGGCGCGGUACAAGGUGUACGCGGCAGCGUCGGCAAGCAAGAUGGAGUUGCGGCUGAGAGCUGCAAAAGUGUGGUCCUGGCGAUUCUGGAGCGGUUGGAUGGGGAAAGUGUGGUCCAGUUAUAACAUGUUGCGGGCGCGGGUGUGGUUGUCGAAGCGCUAUCGGUCGUUCCAGCAUUCAAACCAUUGGAAGCAUGGGCUGAAGAACGCGGUUGGAGUGGCCGUCCUGACCUUCCCUGCAUUCAUGCCGGCACAUUCGGCUGGAAGAGAAUGGUUUCAAGACUGGCGGGGGCAGUGGAUGACCAUCAGCUAUUUGUGGGUCCUAGAGACGAACACGGGGGCGACAUGGCGUACCGGAUAUCUACGAUUGUUUGGAACGCUACUAGGAGCGGUGUAUGCGUAUGUGACCACAAUCAUCUGCAAAAACAAUCCGUACGGACUAGUUGCGAUGGUCACCGCGUUCGACAUACUGAUAACAUGGAUCAUCCUGAAUACGUCGGUCGCACCUAUGGGAUGUCCUGCAUCUGUCACGCUGCCUCCCAUUGUCUUCGCACACUAUGUCAGUCCUACACUGGCAACAUCCGCCCUUAAGCUCUCUAGCGUGCGAGCAGUGAUGAUUGCUGCCGGAAUCGUCGCAGCGCUUCUCAUGAAUAGCCUGCUGUUCCCGCGACAUUGCCGCGUCUUGUUUUUGUCUGACACGAGUCGGACACUCGGACUACUCAGUAGCCUAUAUCUGACGCUGAGCCAUGACAUGUUCAGAAUACAUCGGAAGCGUAUACACGAGGAGAUGCGAAAGACUCUGAAACUGGAGCUGCAGAUUCGCAGCGCGCUUUAUCGCCUCACCACCCUCCUCAAAACCAUGGACAAUGAGCUGAGCCUCCUUCCAAAACCGUUACGGCAUUAUCGCGAGAUGGUGAUAGUCAUGCAGAAGCUCCUUGAUCUUAUGACCGGGCUUCGGAAGAUAAGGGAGAACAUCCCGCGCAAGGAAACUGUGGCUAAGGUUUUCAAGGAACGGCGCGAAUUCAUGUCCUGUGUCUGUAUUAUCCUCUAUGCGUGUCAGCACGCGUUCCGUGCGCGAGAGCCGCUGCCACAGUUCCUCCCAUCUGCGAGGCAUGCGUUCGCGAACCUUGAAUCCCAUGUCCAGGACUGUAUCCGUCAGGCCAGGGACGAAGAGCCGCAUGCGCUUGGUCUGUCGCUCGUGUAUGCGUUCGCAGAGCAGGAGGUGAUGCAAAACCUUGUUGAUACACUCGAAGAGCUACUCGAGCUUACGGGCCGAUUGUUUGGGACGUCUGCAUGGCUUACACAUGAAUCCCACUUCUCGCGGACGAGCACGAUGGAGGAGGGACAUGACCAUGGUUGGUAUAGUACGUGGAGGCAAGACGAAUAG